AUUCCGCGGUCACACUUCUACGUUUACGUGUUUAUUUUGGAUUUAGUUUUGUUUAUCAAUUAAAUUUUAAAAAUAUGACAAAUCUGCAACGCUGGCUGUUUUAUGCAUCGCUCUUUGCGGUGCCCUAUCUUUCAAUUGUUUUGGGAGCAGUGCAAACGCAAUUAACUACCAAAUAUUUCCUACAUAUUCAGCUUUUACCUCUUUUACUCCUCGUGAUUUUCGGCCUCUAUUCCGUUUGGACUGUUCUAUACAGAACUCUCACAUUUAACGAUUGUCCCGAGGCCGCCAAGGAACUUCAGGAUGAAAUUCUGGACGCUCGCAAGGAUUUGAUCGCCAAGGGAUUUCGGUUUCGUGAUUAGGGAGCAGGAUUUCCACCUCCCAGGACUUGUGCAUGUUAAUCUGUAAUUCCAUUAUUUAUAAAAAUUCAAGCAAAUGUA